AUUGGUGUUUAUAUAAAGUCGGGUUGGAGCCAAGUCUUCAAUAGUUAGCUAACUGAUAAGUUCCAGUGAAGAGCCACCAAGCCAAAGUAAUGCAUAUCAAAGCAAUUUUGACCGUGUUAGCUGUCCUGUGCCUGACUUUGGUCGCUGGACAACAUAGCAACUGCGAUGAAUUAACCAGGAGGUGUGAAAGAUGCGUGGAAAGGCUGAACAACCGAAAUGAUCGUGAGAUGCCUGUCCUGAACAGACAUUGCAGGGAAAGGACACAAAGGACUUGGCGCUGGAGGAAUGUGGGACGUUGUGAGCUCACCAGGCUCAACUGCCAGGGAGUUGAUCGUCGCAUGAAUUGUAAUGACAUCGCUGAGCUCGCCGGCAUGGAACGUAUUAAUUGAUUUCAAUUGAAUAAAUUUUGAAAUUGAUUCACAAUAAAAAUAACUAGAGAGCAUUGAAA